AUGAACACGAGUGGCCUUGGCGUGUUGGUCAAUUAUCUCCUUGCAAAUUCAGUACGAGACAGGGAUCAAUUAAAUCCGGAUGCUCACGUGAACAGAAUUUUUGGAUUGGUGGAGAAAUGCAAACUUUUGGAUCCCAAAUCAGUCGCAUUUAGAGAUGACCAUGAAUACUUUACUUUUUUAUCUGGCUUUAUAAAUCAACUCUCUCCGUGUUACUCCUUCUUGAUAAGUCACAGAGAUAGUGUGAUGGUCAACUAUGGUAAAAGUGAUGUCAUCGGAGAGGAACCUAACAGUCCAGUCAGCCAACUAUUUGCUGCGCAAUGUUGGCUUUGUUCAGUCCUGAAGUACAGCUUUUCUCAGGUUGAGUUUCUGAAACCUACUUUUGUAGCACACACGAGCAAAGAGCUCAUCAAACUUGCUCAACUGGCUGAUGAACUUAGCGCAUCAUUCAGCCUACCUUUAUGGAAAUUUGCUUCUGGAAUUAUGAAACAGUACAAGUGUGAAAUUCGCACUUAUGUGCACGACAGUUCAAGAACUAAAACUAAUUCUGCGAAUAAGGAAGUUGAUGGAUUAUUCAGCACUAUACUAAAGUGCAUCGUUCACUCUCUGCUGCACUAUUAUGACAAAUGCAAUCGCCUAUAUGGAGGUGAAGUAAAACCAAAAAAUAAUUCUGAGAAAUCAGAAAACAGCAUCCAGAUGUUGAACCUUCUCAGUCGUGUAUUCACCUUUUGUAUUCGAGAGUUUACAAAAGAAGUUUUAACUGCCGAUAGAGAUCCUCAAGCAAAAGUCGUUUUUCUGGACUGGCUUUCAUGGAUGAUCAAGGUCUCCUAUCAGGGCGGAUCAUAUCCUUUAGGUUCCAGUUUUGACACAAAAGUAGCGGAAGAACUGAGCAGUUCAUUCUUUCUUUCCGUCGAUAUUGUUUUGUCUCACUUAAUCAGUUUACAUCCGUCCUAUGAAAGUCGAGAAGAUUGUUCAAUUUUUAUUCAAGUAUUAUCCCGUGUAGAUUUCGAUGCACCAGUGAUUUGUAGAAUUUAUGGUAAAAUUCUUGGCAACAUGUCUCGACAUCCUAAUUGUUACUCUCGCUGGAUGAAUGAUAAGUUCAAUAUUUACAGAGAAUUGUUUGCUGCAUGUGAAAAAAUAGAUUUAAGCUCACCAGUGAAAAAUAACGAAACUAAAAAUAGAGAAUAUCCAUAUUCUGGGGAAUUUUAUAUUACUAUUUUACAGCAGAUUUGUGCUUCAGUUUGUGGUCUAUCAAUGGCGUGCUUCCCUUAUCUAGAAACAGCUCUGCUUCAAUCUAUAUUAUCUGAACAUCAAUUAGUUCAUUUAUUGGCAAUGGAUGUAUGGUGCUUUGUUGCCCGAUAUGGGACAGGUGAUCUAUGUUUACAGUAUGUAACACUUUUAACUAGUGUUAUUAAUAAAGUUGCAAGAAAAUUACAAUCGAAUGAUUAUGUGAAUGAUGUGAAGUCAAUUACCUUGAUGCAUACAAUAUCUCGUUUGAGUCAUCUUCUGUCAAGAUUAAUUGUUUUUCUUACACCGAAACAACAGAGUGCAUAUCUUAAUCAAAACUCAUUGAAAUACAUCAAUAUUCAUUCAACUGCAGAUCCAAUAAGUUCAUUGUCUAAUUCACUAGUCUGGUAUUAUACACCAACUCCAAUAAGUCGUUUACAAAAAGUAUCAUGUAGUAUUAUUCAACAACAAGUGACUGAACGUCUUUUUCACUUAGACAACAAUUUGAUUGACAUAAAUGACGCUUCAACUAUUAAUUCGUUACAGAUUACUAAUUUAUUGACAGAAGUAUGUCUUGGUCUUCGUUUAAUAGACUGUCUAUCUGAUUCGCAAAAAAGGUCAAUUUCACGAACAGCUGUUAAGUGUAUUGCUUUUCUGCUGAAAUGUCAUCAAAUCGGUACAUCAUUCGAGAUGACGAAUUAUCCAUUUGCAUAUUCUCUUUCAUUGAAAUCCUGGUCUCUACAACCGAUUUCAACACUAUUCGUUUGCUUGUCCAGUUGGUUUCCCAAGUUAUGCUUAAAUUCUCUUAAUGAUCCUAACUCUCGUAAUGAUACAGAAGUAAUGAAUCAUCUUGUCAGGCUAUCUUUUAACUGGGAUUCUACGCCUUCUGUUCAGCAGCUAUGCUCUUUAUCCAUACUUCAUGCAUGGAAUUCAUGGUUCAGUUUGCCAGUAACACAAGGAUAUGUUAAACCAUGGUAUCAAGAAUUAAAAGUAAACAUUGAUCAACUUGAAUCAAGCGCCAGACAGGAUAGUUUUACUGUGGAUCUUUUAAAAUCGCUUCAAAAGAAACUGGAUUCAGUUGGUCUAUCAAAAUCCAUGCUGCCUACAUCAUACUCGAACACUCAGAUGUCUCCUGAUUCUUUUCUUGAUAGUACUCAUAAUGUUGAUGAUGAAGUCAGCAGGUGUUUACGCGAUAUGUCGUCGGUAGUGAAUCGUUUAAAAUCUGUUUGGCCACCGAAAGGUCCAAAUAAAUCUGUACAAUUCAAUGAAGCAAGAAAUAUUUUAAAGCAUUUAUCUGAUUUUGUGUAUACAAGUUAA